CAGUCCGCGGCUCAACGGCGCGACACAGCUUUAUCAACCCGCACCGUUCACCAUGGGUAGCUUUUUGGACAAACCAAAGUAUGAGAAGGAAACACAUCAUAACCAGGGCAACAACCUGAUCUGGGCCCUCUCCAGCAUGCAAGGCUGGCGCGUGGAAAUGGAGGAUGCCCAUCAGGCUGUCACCGAUAUUCCAGAGCUCCCCGGAGGAAGCUUUUUCGCCGUCUUUGAUGGCCACGGUGGUGACACGGUCUCCAAAAUUUGUGGCACUGACAGUCUCAAGGCCAUUUUGGAAACAGAUAUCUUCAAGGCUGCCGAAGACAAGCUGAACCCGGAUAUGCUCAAGGAUGCUUUUCGCCAGGGUCUCCUUGAUUUGGAUGCCAGCAUUCGCGCAACCAACUCAGAUCUGGACUCUUGUGCCGAUCGCUCGGGUUCCACUGCCGUUGGUGUUAUUGUAACCCCCACCCACGUCAUCUUUGGCAACUGUGGUGACUCCCGUGCCUUUAUUUGCCGCAAUGGCAACGUCGUCUUUGCCACUGACGACCACAAGCCCACGAACGAGGGCGAGGUCGCCCGCAUCAAGGCGGCCGACGGUGAUGUCAGCAUGGGCCGCGUUUGCGGCAACCUUGCCGUCUCCCGCUCCCUGGGUGACUAUUUUUACAAGGACAUGCCCGACCUCGACGCCACGGCCCAAAAGAUUUCACCUGAAGCCGACAUGACCGUCAUUGAACGCAACCCCGAAGACCAAUUUAUGCUCAUUGCCUGCGAUGGCAUUUACGACGUUCUGACCAAUGCCAACGCCGCAGCCUUUAUCACAAACCAGCUCAAGGCUGGCUACAAGGCCGAAGAAGUGGUUGAGCGCCUGUUGGACUAUUGUCUGCAUUUGGAUAGCAAGGACAACAUGUCUGCCAUUCUCGUGCUCUUUGAAAAUGCUCCCAAGCCCGAAGAGGGCUUUGUUGCGCCGGAGCAAUUCCCUGACCCUGCGGAGACGUUUGCAUCGUCCGGCAACGGUGACAACGGCGUCGCCCAACCCUCUCCCGAUAACAUUCUCCAGCUCUUGUCGAGCAUGAUGUCGAACCAAGGUGGCGUCAAUGUUGUGCGCGCUGACGACAAUGGCGAUUCCGGCGCCGCUGCGGCAGACACUGCUGACAAGCAGUGAGUAAAAAGCUCAGUUUUGGCAAGUUUCUAGGUGAUCUUCCCCUUUCUGUAUAUCUCGCUCAGCCUUGCUCUUCGUUUUAUGCCUUGAAGGCCUCCACUCCCGAGCCGUCUUGUUUGACAUGUCCGUGUUGUUGGCGCUGUCCCGCAAGUUUUUGUUUUUUGUUUUUUUGUGUUUUGUUGAAAGCUGUUGAUGACGUGUGCCUACAGCCCCAUGCUCCGCCCGCCUCUUUGUUUCGUCUCCCACCCACCGCCAACUGAGUGCCUGGGAGCAGAGAAAGAGAGCAGAGAUUGCGUUUGCCCUUUCCGUCUGAAUUGCCGUCCGUGACUCCGAUGAUCUUCACCGUCCGUGACUCUUCCCUGCCCUGCAAAAUGUGUAUUAAGCAAUUGUACAUCCUGUG